ACUGCAUUGGCAGUGUGUUCUGGAUCAUUGUCAUGCUGAAAAAUGAAGCUGCUGCCAAGUUUUUUUCCAGAUCGUAUUGCAUUGUAGAUCAAAAUCUGAUUGUACUUUUCUGCAUUCAUAAUUCCAUCAGUUUUGACAAGAUCUUCAACAUCAUUGGCUUAAAUUGACCCCAGACUGGGGCAGAGCCUCUGCUGUAUUUUACAGAUAGAAAGUUUUGGCCAGUUGCUCUUUGGGAGUCACCUUGCUGGUGCAAAAAUGCUAUAAGCUGUGUUAUCUUUGGCAUUUUUUUAGAAUCAACUGUAGGCACAGCUCUGGUUCAUCCCUGGAGUUAGGGUUGUGAAUGAAUCGUAGGUCUGUGUUUAGUGAAAAAGCAGCCAGUGUCUAAAGAAAAGCUCUGAAAGACUUUCUGAUAACCUGUACAAGAAAGUCUGUCUCCUUGGAAGCAAAAUUUAUAGAAAUGAGUGGUCUCUCAAAACUUGCAUAGUACUUUAUUAUUCAAAAACAGUCUUCUUUUUUUUUUUUUUACGCACGUUGACUCCUUUAUUAUUGUUAGGAAACAAACUAAAAAACACGGCAUACUCUUUAGUGACUGCCAUUAUUCAGUGUGUCUUUGCUGAGCUAUUUCUUUCUGAGUCUCGCAGUAUUGUUAGGUAAAUACGCCUUUAUAGGAUUAUUUCUCCUUAACUCCUAUCAUUAAUCUAAGAGUUAUAUGAUCGAUACAUGUAUGUAGUUAUCUGCUGCCCUCCAGUGGUUACAUGGAAACUAAAGUCAUUUUCCUAAUUUUGCAACAGCUGAAAGUUUAAAACAAAGAUAUGAGAACUACAAAAGCAGCAGUAGCAUUUUAGGGCCAACCCCCCUCCCCGUCUCGGUUUAUUUUCUAUGCAUUGCAUCGUUUCAGUAUAUUUUCAUCGAUUACUGAAGCGCUAUGUCGGACUUGUUUACACCGGAAGUCACGUGAGCACACCUACCGGUGACUCCAUGGCAACCGCUUGAGUUAACAUAGAUAAUGGCAGAGAUGAUCUGUACUAAGAAAUAAUUUUUGCAGAAAAUGUGGGAAGAGUUUGAGGCCGAACAGCACAGCGGUCCCAGCCCUGCGUGGACAGAGGCCAGCUCUGUGAGCACCCAGCUCUCCCGGCACAGCGUACUUAUGGAUGAUCUUCUCAGAGACUUUGAGCCUGAUGUUUGCUGUGCUCUCCCUGGAUACUCUGCAUUAGAAGGACCUCAUCCUUCACGGCAGAAUCGCCCCCCAACUGCUGAAACUACACCUUUUCCCCAAGUCCCUGAAAAUCCUGUCACGCGUUUCUUGGAGAAGAAAGUGUUUCCAGUGUUGGUACCUGGACUGGAGGCUUUGCUAAGAGAAGCCCAGAAAAAUGGCUGCUUUAAGAGGAAAAUAACAGCGUUUAACCCAUGUGACUUUCUGACUGAGUGGCUCUACAACCAUAACCCUCGCAGGAGUGGACAGGAACCAGUGAGCUUUCAUGACAUCCCCUUUGUCAAGGACUGGCUUGGGAUGCAUCCCAGGCCGCCCACUCCUCUGUUUCUGCGGCUCACUGAGUGCGAGGCUGCUCUGCUCAUCCAGGCUUUCUGGAGAGGAUACAAGAUCAGGGCACAGCCAGAUGUUCAGGAGAUGCGCCAGUGGCAGAAAAAACUGAGAGAGACCCGUGACAUUGGCAAAACUGUCAAGCAGUUCUGGGCGAAACAAGAGAAACGAGUGGGUUCGGCUAUGACAGAUCUUCCAGAAAGCCCCCAGCCUGGAAACAAUGUGUCCAUCCAGGUGGUUUCCCCCACUCCCCAGAGCACCGCGGUCCACACACCCACCACCCAUAUGAGCCCACAGCCUGGUGAGUGGCUCAGACCCAGCCUGCACGUCAAGGAAGAAGUAGCCUCUACAUGUCUGACUAAUUUCCUGUCUGUGUCCAACAAACUAAUCGCAGGGUCUCCAUCGCUACUAGGAACUCACAACCUGAGCUACCCUGGUGGGACUUGGUAACUGGAAUCAUUAGCCUUGUGUAAAAGCUUUUUUUCUGCUGUUUAAACACUAUUAAACUCUGUUAGGCUGAUGUCAAAUUGACCUAAAGUGAUCAGUCAAACAAGCCCUGUUUAAGGAAAAAAAAGAAAAGAAUAAAAAAGAUGCCUGUAACCAAUUUGAUAUGGCCAGGCCAGGAUUUAUGGUCUGAGAUCCGUGUCUAAUUAGUUUAUUGCUUUCAUUGCCUUUUUGAUGGAUCACUUCCCUUCACGAGUCUCACCCAGCCAAUGAACACCAUAUAGCACGGUUCACAUAUUAUACUGUCAGGAGUGAAACCUCUUGUAACGGGCGUCAUAAUUUCUCUCUCCGCACCUCUGGAUGACAGCUCAGUGGAAGAUAACCAUAUUUCCUUGAUCUGUCCUUUCCUCUUUCCUUAGCAAUAGACAUCACUCCACAAAAGAGGUCAUAGCAUUUCCAUUCAAGCCAGAAAUUGAGGCCAGAGUCAAAGGUGGCUUGGCACACGGCACACCGCUUUAUAUCCUGUUUAUCAGGAAAGGAAAUGACAUGUCAGACAGCUGAGAAUAAAAGAGAAUUGGAAAAACAUCACUUAGAUCACUGGUUUGUAUUUGGCAACUAUCUGACAAAAAAACAAUAAUCUCUAAUAUUAUGCUUAGAUUUUUAUUACAUUAAAGGGUUAAAGUAAAUUUGCCCUGUAUAACAAUACAUAUGAGAAUAUGUGCAUAUAUAUGUAUAGUUAUAUAAUAACACAGCUGAGGAGAUUAAAAAAUAAAACCCUGUUAAUCAGUAAGUCACUUAACAUUUCUGCCACAGAAACAUGGGAUGGCUUGGCUACUCAUUACACGCACAACAUGAAAUAACGCCAUAAAAAUAGAUGUAUGAGGUGUAUUUAACUUUUGUUUAUUCUUACUUAGUAGGAGUAUUUUCCUACUGCUGUUUUGGUCUUCUGCCUAAUGUGUCGAAUAGGCGCACAUUUUGCAUCAUCCCCAUUGAGUCUGCCACCUUCAGCUGUUUGUUUUUCUAGCUGUUGGCAUUCAAAUAUUUAUCUUGAAUCAGCCUCAGAAAUCAUGAAAUUUGAUUUGCAAAAAUUAAAAGACUGCUGCUCAAGUGACUCUACAGUUCUUCUUCCUGUAAGACUGUCCGGGUUAUAGCUGUUUUCUCUUGACUGUGGGUGUCAAUUAAAGUGAAAGAAUAAAGUGCACUCCUGGCAUUUUUCCAUCUCGCCACAAACCCAGCGUACCUGAGAGGGUACUGAUGGUUGAUCUUCUGUUUCAUGAUGAACUGCUUCUUGACCAAGUGAAGCAUACCACCUCAGAGUGAGUCAUGGGGAGGGUCAUGUAUCUCCCUUUGCAGGUAUGUGGAUGCCUGGAAGACAGCUGCCACUGGGUGAGGAGAUAAAACGGCCCAUUUAAUUCUGGGGACAUCUGAUAGAGGAGCCAGCUCCAUGAAGUCUGGCAGAACUGUACCCGACUGAAACCCGAUCACACAGCAGCAGAAGGUAGUGUCGGCAUCAAGCUGUCAGAGCAUAGACAGAUAACAACUGGUUCUGGGUUGUGAUUCCAGGCUGAUGUGUUAGUUAAAACUUUGUUUACACAUUUAAAAUGUAAAAACAAAAAGAUCUUAUGAAUGCAAUGAAUGUAUUAAAGAAGCCUAUGUCAGACAGACAAAUACCCAGAACAUGUAGCCCAAAGUUAAACUACAGGCUCAUAAUUCCAUCUUUAUCAUCAAAGUACAAAGUAGGCAUUUAUGAAAAUGCAAUACUGUGCAAAAGACUUGAGCCACCCCUCAUUUCUUUAUAUUUUGCUGGGAAAAUGGGAAGUAGAUUCUAUGAUUUUAUUGAAAUCUGUGCAGGAUAGGGGUGAGCAUGAAAGUCAGUGUUUUAUAAAACCCCCUUUAUUCUUCAACACAUUGAAGAAUCAUCUCUGUGAAGAUGACCCCACACUGCUUCAACAAAGUUGUUCUGGAGAGGCUAAUCCAUGACGGACUGUGUUCCACAAUGCUUUUCUAUUUGUAUGGUUUUACUGCACUGGCAUUGUGUUUGGGAUCAUUGUCAUGCUAAAAAAUGUAGCUGCUGCCAAUCAGAUGCUUUCCACAUAGCAUAGCAGAUUUUUGUAGCUCAAAAUCUGAUGGAACUUUAUUUUUCUGAUGAGGCUUUGGUGAAUGGUAGAUGGAUCAAGGGUCAGAUGCAUUGCUCACAUGUGAGGUCUUUGCUGGAUUUUUUCCUAUCCACUCCAGUUUUCUCAUUUUUUUUGAGGACACACUACAAACUACUGGGAUAUGCCAAAUGUUCAGCUAACAGCUCUUUGUAAGUCACCUUGUUGGUUGAUAUUUUAUGCCAGUCAAACUGUGUUGUCUUUGCAUUUUUUCUAGAUUCAAGUAAAGAAAUUUAAACUAAUUAUGUGUUUUUGCAAUAGUAACAAAGUGCCUAAAGAUGCCUAAAGAAAUUGUAAAAUAAUUCUUUGUGAAGUUGUCUGUUAUGUAUAGACAAACCUCUGGUUCAUCCUUUGAGUUAGGUGCCUUUUGUAAUGCUUAAUUACUUGUAGGUUGAGUUAAGUAGCUUAACAAACAAAAACAAACAACAACAAAAAAAUUCCUCUGAAAAUGGUUAGGUACAAGGACUGGACUAAAUGAGUGAAAAACCAACCAGUGUCCAAAGAAGAACUUGGAGAAUUAUUGCUCAAGACAAUUUUAAAAUAUUACAAGAAAGUAGCUUCCUGGAAGCAAAAUGUAAAGAAUUCAAGGGGUGAUUCAAGAAUUUGCUACAGAUAUUAGUGAACAUUUUUUGUCAAGAGUCUGAUUGGGUAGUUUAUCUGUUAAAGAUGGAAUCUGUAUGCCUACUAGCUUAAUUAGCAUAAAGACUAUGCUAAUUCUUUAUGCUAGCCUGUCCAUGUUCAAAGGUAACAAAAAACAUGCUUAAAGCUUACAAUUGAACAUGUUGCAUCUCAUUAAAUUACUUCACAUGAAUACGUUUUUGUUCAGGCUAAUGGUUUCAUCCUUUUUGCGCAUGUUUGUGCUAAGCUAAGCUAGGCUAACCAACUGCUUUAGGUUACAGAAUGAGAAGCAAAAACAUUCAAUGACUCAAUGGUUUAUCUGUAUGGACAGAAACGUUGCGAAGGUUUGACAAAAAUGGGAAAAGCACAUGCAGUUUUUUAUUCUUCCAUAAUACCUGGCUGUUAUUGUUACCAUGUGUCAUCAGGAAAAAAACACAACAUCCAAUUAAAAGUUAACUACAAAUAUGACACCUUUAUUUAACUUUUUUUGUCCUGAAUUGGUUACAGAAACAAGAGAGUUAACUGUUGGGGUUUUUUUUGUCUUUUUCUAACCAGGGGAAUCAAGUUCUAUACAUAGGCAUGCUGCGUCACUGCACAGUCAUAGCUGUGAAAACCAAUAUUACCCCUGUCAGCUGCCCCACUGGAGCAGUCUGAAGGCAAGACAAAUCAGGAGAGUACAGGCAAGGACAUGUCAACCCCAGGGAGUAAGGGUUUUCAAAUGGGCUACCCAGGGACGACAAACUUAACAUAGAAGUUGUGUGCAAAAUCUCACCACAGUCUAUUUGAUUUUAAACACAGACAAUAUCAGUCGGACGAUUCUCCUUUUUUUGUACUUUUUUUUUUUACCCUCAACUCUUUAAACUAACAGAGGAAGUUAUUAUUAGGUCCAGUGAUGAUGGCAUUUUGUUCCUUUUGGGGAAUCAUACUGCUUUGGACCAUUUCCCUUUGUUUCUCAAGAACCAGCUCGCACAGACAUUAAGUGUGUCAUCUGAUAUACACUGAAAGUAUGAUUGUUGCCACAUGACCUUUUACAUAAAUAGUUAGUAUUCAAAAGUAGGUCUGAGAAAGGUCAUAUAUGUAGAAAUGGUGAUAAGCAUGCACAGAUAGGUAGUUGACGAGUGCAAAGUCUACAAAGUCACAUCAUGUUAUUCUUUUUUUUUUUAUGUACUCCACAUAGAGUGAAAACAUCACAAGAAUUAAAACCUCCCUCCCCCUCAGCUCUGAGUGCUGAUACUCAGGAGCUUUGUUUCUUUGCUGCUGACCAUCUAAAACCCUGAGGACAGUUCUUCUUGCAUGGAUAUGAGGCUUGUAGCCUGUUUCAGACCAGGCCUGCCCAAACAGAGCCUGGUAUAACAGGACAAGCUGUCUUUGGGCAUGAAGCUGGCCUGCAAGUAGCAGUCCUAUUUUAGAAUAGCCAGUGUGUAAGACAUAAACAUACAGCAGUAGUCAAGGAUUGACCCCUUGUCUUUUCUUAGUAAGAUCAGGGGCCAGCGCACUGACUAUUGGUGGGCUUGAGCCCUGCCUGCUUUGCAUUUUCUUUUUUUUUAUAGCUAUCCCUAAUAUAUCACAGACUAAGUCAUGAUUUACUGCAUGAAGUGGCAAAAUUAUCAAUAGGCAUUGUUGUCUUUUUGAAAAUUUGAACAUAAUCACGUUUGCAUCCCCGUAACAACAAAGUGUGGGAGGUACAACCAACAUAAAUCCUGAUAAUUGACAACUCACAUUUUUUCCUUAAUCAAACAAACAAAAAAAUUCAAAAUGAAAUAAAAUAAAAGCACAUCUAGUGUUGGCGAAACAUUUCCAAAAUGCUAUAGUUUAAAAAAUAAAAGCAUAAUGUAACAAACAGGCAAAUGUAUAAACACAAAGCAAACCAGUUAAAAAAAGAAGAUAAAAUCAGUUUGCAGUGGUCAGUCAGUUCUCCAAUGAAUCACUGAUAUCUAAACUCAGCCUACAGUUAAAAAAAAAGG